UUUUACCGUAGUAGAGAGAGGAGCAAAGUAACACAUAUUUUAUUCCCUACUCUCAACCCUCCUCCUGAAUACUAAUCCAGGUUUUGCUGUCAGGAACUCUUAUGAUUAAUGGCAGUCCCGAGGUUCUUGAUGAAACUCCUCCUUCUCCUCCUUACAAACCUGAUCCUCCUGCUCCAUACCAUUCUUCUCCAUAUAUACCUCCUCCCCCACCUCCCCAGUAUGCUCUAACACAAGGUCCACAAAUACCUGCUCAUCAGCUAGAUCCUCACAGAUAUGGAUACACUCCUGCUCCGCAUCCCUAUUCUCCACCCCAUUCUCCUGCAUACUCUCCCUCAUCCUAUCCUUAUCCUCCUUCAGAUGCAGGAUACGGAUAUACUCCAGCUCCAGGUUAUGCAGCUCCACAUCACCCAAAUCUUGCUUCUUAUCGUCAAUCCCCUCCUCUUUACCAUCCAACUCCUUCUCCAUACCAUCCGACUCAUGCUCCUUAUCAUCCAACCCCUGCUGCAUACCAUCCAAACCCUGCUCCCUAUCAUCCUUCUCCGACUCCCUACCAGCCCUCUCCAGCUCCCUAUCAUCAUGCUCCUGCAAAACAUAACCCACAGUAUGACGGCCCUCCAGCCUGCAGUAAGAACACCACCAAGUCCUGGUGUCUCGAAGACCCUGAGUAUCCGUCCCAUGAUAUCGCUCAUGCUAUUGAGUACAACUAUGUUGGAGUAGCAACCCUGUAUAAGGAUGUUCUAGCAAACACUGAGAAUAGUGUAGACCGGUUGGUUGAGCUACCCCAGGAAACCUAUCUCUGUCCGUCUAGAACUGAAUACAUGAUGCCUCUUCGAGCUCAGGAUUCAGAAGGAAAAUGGAGGAUUAUUGUGAACGGAGUAAAAGCUCACUAUGAAACUUUAACCCAGACUGGUCGAGUAGAGGAAUGUGAGACUGCUGGUUCAUCUUGUCCUCUUGUUCCAGACUGUUAUCCAACCAAGUGUGUUCAGAAAUCUAUCUAUCACAGGUUUCUAGUGUAUGAUCCAUAUGAUCAUUAUUUCCCCUUCUCCAUGGCUCUCUUCAAACUUCCGAGUUCCUGUGCUUGUUAUAACGGAGCCUUCAUAGAAACUCACUAGGAGAAAAAACUGUCCUCAUCAGAUCUUUUGGUCAAUCCGUCAAUCCGUCUCGGUCAAAUGAUUUUUCUCGAUCCAAAUUGAUUAAACCAUCUAGAUCAACCAAUGAUGAUCAUCAUUAAUGUGCAACAGUUCUGUUCAAUCCAUCCUGGUGAAACUAUUCAGUUCAAUCCGUCCGAACAAGACAAUACUAACCAAUUAGGCCUGAUCAGACAAUUCUAAUCAAUUAGGCCUGAUGAGACAAUACUAACCAAUCAUGCCUGAUCAGAUAAUACUAACCAAUUAGGCCUGAUCAGACAAUUCUUAUCAAUUAGGCCUGAUAAGACAAUUCUAAUCAAUUAGACCUGAUCAGACAGUUCUAAUCAAUUAGACCUGAUCAGACAAUUCUAAUCAAUUAGGCCUGAUCAAACAAUACUAACCAAUCAUGCCUGAUCAGACAAUACUAACCAAUUAGGCCUGAUCAGACAAUUCUUAUCAAUUAGGCCUGAUAAGACAAUUCUAAUCAAUUAGGCCUGAUCAGACAAUUCUUAUCAAUUAGACCUGAUAAGACAAUUCUAAUCAAUUAGACCUGAUCAGACAGUUCUAAUCAAUUAGACCUGAUCAGACAAUUCUUAUCAAUUAGGCCUGAUCAGACAAUUCUUAUCAAUUAGACCUGAUAAGACAAUUCUAAUCAAUUAGGCCUGAUAAGACAAUUCUAAUCAAUUAGACCUGAUCAGACAGUUCUAAUCAAUUAGACCUGAUCAGACAAUUCUAAUCAAUUAGGCCUGAUCAGACAAUUCUAAUCAAUUAGGCCUGAUCAAACAAUACUAACCAAUUAGGCCUAAUAAGACAAUUCUAAUCAAUUAGGCCUAAUAAGACAAUUCUAAUCAAUUAGGCCUGAUCAGAAAAUUCUAAUAAAUUAGGCCUGAUCAGACGAUUCUAAUCAAUUAGGCCUGAUCAGUCAAUUCUAAUCAAUUCGAUUUGCUCAAAACAAUAUAAGAAUUUCAGUCUGAACUUUAAACCCAGAUAAAUUAAAUCCGUUUUUAUCUGACAGGUUUGAUCUUGAUCAAUCAGUUCUUAUUCUAGUCAAAGAACCACUAUAUAAACUUCAUAAACAAAUUAAUUGAUCAUGACAAAAUCGGAUUUUCUUAUCUUUAUAUCUAUACAACCCAAAGUAGUAAACCUUAGAUAUUUCAAACUAUGAAUGUCUGUCAUAUUUACAGCAACAAGUCUAAGUUUGAAAUAUCAAUAGUUUGCACUAUCAGGUUGCAACCGGAUUAGUAAAUUUGAGAUUGUGGCAAAGACUCAAUUCCUGUUCACAGUGAUUAAACAAUAAACGUCCUGAUCUAAAAAAUCUGACUAAAUAAGCUGAACUAAAGUCAAUCUGUCUGAAUCCAACCUGAUCCAUUAAUAACUCCAUUACUAACUGAUCCACCCUGUGAAGAUAUCCCGAGAUAUGAACCGGAAGGAGGAAAGAAGAUGAAUCUAAGAUAGAUAUACUCCGCAACCUUCAUGUUGUGAAACCUUCAUUUCAAAUUUGUAAAACAUAAACCCUCAUAUUUGCAAUUUUUUAAACAUCCUUCAGUGUUUAUAUGUCAUUAAUUCUAACAUUGGAAAUAUGAAUCAUGUUCAUAUUUUCUUCAUUAACAAGCAAAGUCAAGGAUUAAGACAGGACUGAACAAUUUGUUAAUUCAAAUCCACAAAUUCGUACAUGAACACUGAACAGUCUAGUCACAAACAACCUAAAUUGACAUUCUGUUAUUUGUUUGUUUGUACAUAGUUGAAAAACCUGCAGCAUUUGUUAAUUUAUUGUUUAACCUAUUACUAGUAGAAUCUUAUUCAUGAAUUUGUUGUUUUAACUUGAUCUUACUGAGCAACACUACCUGCGCUUAAUCUGCUGCAUUUUCCAUAUUGCAUUUAAGCAGAACACUCUUUUUGCCAUGUCUCAGUCAUUCGAUUAAGCAGAACCUGUUUUCUGCUUUAUAUCCGUGAUCGAAUCCCAGCAGAACUUGUUUUCUGCUGUAGGUAAUCAAAUCUCAGCAGAAUCUGUUUUCUGCUUUAAUUCCGUAAUCAAAUCUGAGAAGAACCCUUUUUUUGCUGUAAUACAGUAAUCAAACCUUAGCAGAACCUGUUUCCUGCUGUUAUUCCGUAUCCAAGGAUCAGCAGAACCUGUUUCCUGCUGUUAUUCCGUAUCCAAGGAUCAGCAGAACCUGUUUUCUGCUGUUAUUCUGUAUCCAAGUAUCAGCAAAACCUGUUUUCUGCUGUUAUUUCGAUCUGUGCAUAACGUAAAAUUAUCUCAGUAGAUCCUCUUCUCUUCUUCCUGUUUAUGUAAUCAAAUCUUAACUGAAAUGGAUGUAAUUACUUUUUAGUUUUAUUUAUGUAAAACAUACUCUCUGUAGGUUGUAUAGACCUAUUUCUGGUUAUGUUUAUGUAAUCGGCUUUAUGUAGGACAUAAAAUGUGUGUAAUUUAUGUAAUUUAUUCAAAGUUUUUACGAUUAUGUGAUCUAGUCUACAUAUUUAGGAUCUAUAAUUGGUUCUAUAUGUAUGUAGGUAGACUGUGUAAAUUGUUUGAAAUAUACCUACUCAUUGAAGUAGCAGUCAGUUGAGGGCAUUUAUACAUUCUAGCAAGUGCUAUGAUGAGUAGCUCAGUUCUGAAUUGAGAAGGUUUAAAGCUACUCAGAAAAUGUGCACGCUCUCAUCUAACUGGUAUUAUAAUUAGUAGAUUUAUUAAAACAUUGUGGUGUCUAUAAGAUAUUAUAAUGAUGUAAUCUAGUAAAGACAUAGAUCCAGUAAUCAGUAUUGAAUCCUUGAACGUUAAAGUUUAGUUUUGUUUAACCUAGGGCUAGAAUAUUAACGUCUUGACAAAACAGUUCCGUUCCAAAACCUGAGUCAGUACACCUUGAUAUACAGAGAAACCCAUAAAGUAUAAGACUUCAGAGACGACUGCACUUGGUUCCUUGUAACAUUUAAAUAGUUUUUUAAUGAAGUGUAGGUCGUCAUUAAAUUCUCAUCUUUUGUGGGUACCUUUGUAUUUAUUCUAGCUCUAGAGUAAACCUUAAUGUUCAAGAAAAUUAAUUGUUUAAAACUCUAGAACUCGCAACACAAAAAUGGCAAUAAAAUGUUAUCAACAAAUCUUAAUAAAUAAUGAGGGUU